AUGAGCGACAAGGCGAGCCACCAAGGUUUGCUGAGUUUUCCAAAUGCUGAAAAUCCAAAGCGCCCAAGCUCAUUGAAGCUUUCUAAGCCAAGCGGGACAGCUUGUGAGAGUGACUCUUUCACGGCCACUAUUCAACGACUCGAAGGCGCAAAUCAGGAACUUACGGCUGAGGCUGAACAUGCCCAAAUACAUUCGGAGAAUUUGCUUGACGAAAGGCAGGAGUGGGAGGCAAAGUAUCGCGGGAUUCAUGAGGAACUCAACAAUAGCAAGUUUUUGGUGACACAGCUGGAGAAAGACCUGAGUCGUGCGCACAUGGGGAUUGCAGAAGCUAUGGAGACAUUAAAGAACCACCAGCUUCCAAAAAACAAGCAAUCAUGCGCAUCAGCGGAUGUGUAA